UGGAUGAAAAAAAUCCCGUUAAUGACGCAAAGGGGUAUGGUAGUAAUUCCAUACAGUAAUAAUAAUUGGUGGCUGCGGUUGGCAUCCGGAAGAAAGCGGAUAAAAUGAUCCACGUGGCUGGUGUUGGGAUGUAUUUUUUUCUCUACGCUAGUUAAGAAACAAUUAUGGAAUAUUGUUGAUAUCUUGUAGCUGCUCUUUGGAAACGCAGUUGAUCAUCAUGGCAACGGCAUUCAGCAAUGAUGGAGCUGAAGUGAUUCAGCGGACUCUGAUUACUACAGAAGCAGGUGGUCGUCUUCCAGUUUUGGGGAUAGAGGAUUUUUAUGAACUGGAAAGAGCAUCUGCUUUUGUAUCUGACAAUGGCUUCACCAAGAUUGCUCUUCAGUUUCCUGAUAAACUUUUGCCAGAUUCAGCAGAGGUUGCUGCAAGGAUGGAAAUAGCAACUGGUGCCAAGAUGUAUGUCCUGGGAGACACAUCAUAUGGCAGCUGUUGUGUAGAUGAAGUGGCAGCAGAACAUGUGGGUGCCGAGGCUAUAGUGCACUAUGGCCCUGCCUGUUUGAGUCCUUGUCGCAAACUGCCAGUAUUACACAUAUUUUGCCAGGAACAGCUAGAUGUGAUGCGAUGUGUGGAAGUCUUCCAGGAGUUGUACCCUGACCUUCAAGCCUAUGUGAUUGUACUGAGUGAAUCUGCAUAUUUUCACGCUAUUGAUGACCUGGCCUGUAAGCUACAAUCAAUUUAUCCCAAUGUUGUUUUUGCUCAGUUGGAUAGUAAAAAAAAUCUUGAUCCAAGCCAGCCAAUUUCUGGAAUGAUACAGCAGUUUGGACGAUGCUUUAUAAUAGACGAACAUCAUGGUCUUGAAAACUACAGUAUGUUCUAUAUAGGUUCUGAAGGACCAGAACUUACAAACUUCAUGCUGAGUUGGAACCAGUGUCCCUUUAGUUCUUUUGAUCCUAGGACAGGACAAGGCCGGUGGGAAACACUGGAUGUGAACCGGGCCCUGCGACGACGCCUUUACCUAGUGGAACGGGCACGAGAUGCUCAAGUAGUGGGUAUUGUGGUGGGUACUCUUGGAGUAGAAGAUUACUUGUCUGUUCUGGAGCAUCUUCGCCAAAUCAUUCACCGUGCUGGAAAACGUGCUUACACACUGGCUGUGGGUAAACCUAAUCCUGCAAAAUUGGCAAACUUUCUAGAGGUGGAUAUCUUUGUACUGGUAGCUUGCCCACAGAAUUCCUUGCUUAAUUCCACUGAUUAUUAUCGACCCCUGAUCACGCCCUAUGAGUUGGAAAUAGCAUGCAAUCCAGCACGGACUUGGACAGGCCGAUAUGUUACAGACUUUCGCCACCUUCUGCCAGGAGCUUGUGACCAUGUCCUUUUUCCAGAAAAGACCAACAACGAACCCAGCAUUUCACUCAUCACUGGACAGUUGCGCUCUAUUGAUCCCUUCCGGAUAUCAGAUAUAGAGCCAAAUUCUGGCACAGCUGUGAUGUGUCGCAACCAUUUACAGACUGUAUCUCAGAUCAGCCCAGCAGCCUCAUUCUUGGAGUCCCGCAGCUGGCGGGGACUGGAGCAACAGCUGGGCCAAACAGAAGUAAAAAAAGCUAUUGUGGGACGACGGGGAAUUGCCAUUGCCUAUGAAGAUGAGCCUUGUGGAUGACCAACCCUGAAUAUAAAAGACAUUGACCAGAUAACAGACUUCAUUCUUUGCUGGAUUUGGAUGGGUUAAUGGAACGUGGGUCUUUUUGAAUUUGUUGACAGUCUUAUUUGUACAGGGCAUAAAGUGGGCUAGGUUAACAUUUUUUGCAAUAUGUUGAUAGACAGUUCAACAGAUUUUAAGUAGAGUGUUAUAUUAUUAUUUUAAUAGAGGAAUAUUUUUUUAACAAAACGAGUGUUGAUCUCUGCUGAAAAAAGUGCGUUGAAGUUGUUUAUCCAAUAAUGAGACAAAGGUUAAUCCACAUUAGUGGCCAAUUUAUAGAUAUCCAUGUUGUUUAAACUAGUCCGCAGUUGUAAUUUCUGUUGAUUAGAAGCUUAGACUAUGCUGAACAGUAGGGUGAGCAUUACUGAUCACAAGCUGAAGUCAGCAGUUAUGCAAUUGCUAAAAAAGAAAAAAAAACACCUAAUGUAAUUCCCAGACUGAAUUAAUAAAAGCGUAGUCUCCAAGUAA